AUGCGACGACUUUUGUGUUCUGCUGGAAUCGUAUCACGCCCCUCGGCUCUCAAAUCCACUCCGGGUCAUCAAAGAGCUUUUUCCCAGGGUCAGAUACUCGAUGGACCCAAUUCGGGAGGUUUGACACGUAGCGGUCACAGUCGAUCUUUUCAAACCGGGACACAAACGACAAGCGUCCCGUUCGGAGUCGAUAUACACCCUUCGACAGGGAGACAAUACGAGAGUGAUCCCAGUGAUAAUAAGCAACGCAUCGUCGUUCCUAAUCAUUUAGUGUCGAGUGCAACGAAAAAAAGUGAUCAUCCGAAUUCGCGGUGGGCCAACAAUUACGUUUGUACGACAAAGUACACGUUGUUGUCCUUCAUACCGAAAAACCUUUUUGAACAGUUUCAUCGCGUCGCAAAUUUAUAUUUCAUAUUCAUAGUUCUACUUAAUUGGUUCCCGGCCAUAAAUGCAUUUGGAAAAGAAAUAUCGGUUAUACCCGUUUUAUUCGUUCUCGGCGUGACCGCCAUAAAGGAUUUAUUCGAAGACAGGAGGAGACACAUAAGUGAUAACAGGAUAAAUAAUUCAACAUGUAGAAUAUACGACGGGCAACAGGGUAGAUAUAAAAAAGUUUUAUGGAAACAAGUCCGGGUGGGUGACGUCAUACACUUGUCGAACAAUGAGCUCAUACCGGCCGACGUUCUCUUGUUGAGAUCAUCGGAACCUCACGGUUUGUGUUACAUAGAUACCUGCAAUUUGGACGGGGAAACAAAUUUGAAACAGAGAACGGUUGUACGAGGUUUCGUAGAAAAGCAAAAUGUUUUCGAUCCUAAAGAAUUUGAUUGUCUCGUCGAAGUGGAUGCUCCGAGUACGAAAAUAUAUAAAUUUCACGGGUGUUUAAUGCAUCCUACGGGAGAAAAAGUGCCUUUGACCACUGAUAAUCUUUUGUUGAGAGAAUGCAUCCUUAAAAAUACGGAUUUUAUUGAGGGAAUCGUAGUUUAUGCUGGACAUGAAACUAAGGCUCUGCUCAACAAUGGCGGACCGAGAUACAAAAGAAGUGGAAUCGAACGUCAAAUGAACCGAGAUAUUAUUUGGUGCGUUUUGAUUCUUUUGGUGCUUUGCGUUGUCGGUGCUAUAGGAUGUAGAAUGUGGCUUUUUUCAUAUGAACCUUCAGUGCCUUUCAUUCCUUUGGCUCAGGAACCCAAUUACGAAGGAUUUUUAACAUUUUUCACUUUUGUUAUUAUCCUUCAGGUUAUGAUUCCACUAUCUUUAUACGUUUCAGUAGAAAUGACCAAAUUACUUCAGGUGUAUCACAUUCACAAUGAUUUGUCUUUUUUUGAUCCAGAAACUAAAAAAAGAAUCGAAUGUCGAGCUCUUAAUAUAACAGAGGAACUCGGUCAAGUCGAAUACAUAUUUUCUGACAAAACGGGGACUCUUACGGAAAACAAAAUGAUAUUCAGGCGGUGCACGGCAAACGGAGUCGAUUACAAUCACGUUUCCCCCUCGAACGAACAGAGAUCGAAAACGAGGCCAGGUGCACCCAUGCCCGUUAUCGUUAAUUCUAAAUUGAAAGAAGACUUAUCGUAUAUUUACAAAGUGCAAGAACUCGCGGGAAAAUUGAAACAUUCGCAAGUUUUACAAGAACUUUUCAUAAUUUUGGCCAUUUGUAAUACGGUGGUCGUAUCGAAACAUCCUCAUCACGACGUUAUGAAUUCAAGUGGAAUAAUCGAAGGGACUCCUAAUUUCGGAAAACCUCCUCCUCCUCCUCCUCCGCGGAAAAUAUUCGAAACAAUCAAAUCCGAUUCCUCGUCCGUUCGUUUAAGAAAUUUAAAACAUUUUCCACUACACAAAUCGAAAUCCCUUGAAAAUGAUAAAAAUAACGAAAAAUACUCCAGACUGUGCGAAUCUCGCAGCGUGACUCCUUCGCCGCCGCCGCCGCUCUCGCUCCCGCUCCCCCUUCCCGCCGCUCCCAAGGUACCAGUAUUAAAAAUUCAAAAAAGCAAUGGGAAUUUCGGGAAAAAUCCCGGAAGUUUAUCGCCGAUCCCGGAUAGGUCGCCCGUCGACGAACCCGACGUCGUCGUCAAAUCGGAACGUCCGAAAUUAUUAAACCUUCAAGGAUUACUCCUGAUUGGGAAAAAGCAGCCGAAAGGUAAUUUUAUUUGUCGUUCUAAAACUCCAUCACCGAGUGAUAUAAAACCGAUAUUCGAAGCCGAAAGUCCCGACGAAUUAGCUUUGGUCGAAGCUGCCCACACGUACGACUGCAGACUACUCAAGAGGACUCCUUUGUCCGCAACCGUUUUCGUUCCAGGAGAAGGAUUGGUCGAGUACGAAAUUCUCAAAGUUCUCCCAUUUGAUAACAUAAGGAAAAUGAUGUCCGUCAUUGUGAGGCAUCCGCGUACCAAAGAAAUAAUUCUUUACAGCAAAGGAGCGGAUUCAUCUAUUUUCGGUAGUUUGGGAUUAACAGACAACGUGGACGCACAACAAAUAAUAUUCAGAACUCAACAGCAAAUAAAUUCAUACGCGAGACAAGGUCUUAGAGUUCUUGUCAUGGCCAAAAAAUUACUGACUGAACCCGAAUUCAAUAACUGGCUCAAAGCUCACAAAGAAGUCGAACUUCAUCGGGAAAAUAGAGAAAAACUCAUGGAAAGUUAUAGUCUAAUGGAAACCAAUUUAACUUUAGUCGGUGCAACGGGAACCGAAGACAGGUUACAAGAUGGAGUUCCGGAAUGUAUAGCUCAGUUGAUGUCGGCUGGAAUCAUAGUUUGGGUUUUAACGGGAGACCAACCGGAAACGGCCAUAAAUAUCGCAUAUUCCGCCAAAUUGUUUUCUCCUCAAAUGGAAAUAUUGAAAUUAUCGGCGAGAAGUAAAUCCGCGGCCGAAUCCGAUAUAAAAUUUUAUCUUUCGGAUAUCAAAGGAAACAAUCCACCGACCAAUAAACUGCCGGCUGAACCUUACAGGUCGAAUAAGAAAAGAGCUUUGGUCGUAGAUGGAAAAACGUUAACAUUCAUACUCGAUUCGAAAUCGAAACUUCAAAAACCAUUUCUCGAACUCACGAGCCUUUGUUCGAGCGUACUCUGUUGCAGGGCGACACCUUUACAAAAAGCUUACAUCGUCAAAAUAGUGAAAGAAAUUUUACAGAAAAAGACUUUAGCCAUAGGCGAUGGUGCCAACGACGUGUCAAUGAUUCAAACAGCUGAUGUUGGAGUCGGAAUUUCGGGUCAGGAAGGAAUGCAAGCCAUUAUGGCGUCGGAUUACGCACUUUGUAAAUUUAAAUUUUUAGAAAAGUUCCUCCUCGUGCACGGUCACUGGUGCUACGACAGAAUAGCAAGAAUGGUUCUUUAUUUUUUUUAUAAAAACGCCACAUUUGUGUUCCUUAUUUUUUGGUUUCAAUUAUACUGCGGAUAUUCGGCACAAGUAAUGAUAGAUCAGAUGUAUUUAAUGCUUUAUAAUCUUCUUUUUACGUCUCUGCCACCCUUGGCCAUAGGUGUCUACGAGAAAGAUGCACCCGAAGAAUUACUUUUGGCAAAUCCAUCUCUUUACGCUCAGGGUCGUUUGGCUUUAGUCUACCAGCCUCAUUCUUUCUGGAUAAGCAUGGCCGAUUCUCUGUAUCAGUCCAUUGUUAUAUUUUUCAUCACUCUCGGCGCAUAUCACGAUUCGGACGUGGGUUUGUGGGAAUUCGGCACGACGAUCACUACGGCAUGUUUGUUUAUUAUGUUGGCUCACGUUGCCAUAGAAACGAAAUCAUGGACCAUCAUCCACGUCAUAUCCAUUCUCGCGUCCAUUCUUUUGUAUUUUUCAUUUUCUUUGCUCUACAAUGGAUUUUGCGAUGAUUGUUUAGGACUUCCUAGUAAUUAUUGGGUCAUGCAAAUGAUGAUAAACAGUCCUAUUUUUUGGCUCGUCGUGGUUUUAUCAAUCGUUUUAGCCCUUUUACCGCGAUUUUUGUAUAAUUGUUACGCAAGAUGGUUGUCGCCGCACGACGUGGCAAGAGCCGUUAGAGAUAGGAAAACGCACGUUGCGAGGGGUGAAGAAUUUUUAGCAUCGUGGUCAAGAUCGACAUCGACAUCUUCGAUUUACAGAACGAUUGAUACUAAUUUAAAAGUAACUCCUAAUAACGCAUUAACUUCAGUGGGAUGA